AUGACCUCCAAGAGAGCCGGUCCUGGGCGCACAUACCAGCGCAGCCUAUCGUAUCGAUUGUCAAGAGCGUACCGGCAUUCCUUCUUGCUGAGAGCUCUCACAUACCAUGGGCACACGCUGUUGCUCUUCACUCUCAGCGACCACAAGCCGCUGGUAUACCCGAUGACUGCCACCGGUCUUGUCAACCUAUUCGCCGGGUCUGCUUUGAACUCCGAGCAAAGUCCAGAUGUCAAAAUCUUAGACCUGCCCUUCCGCUUCCUGGCUGUCAUCUUCUGGGUCUGGCUUAACUUCCUCGUCUUCUGUGUGGGCAACCAACGUCGCCUUUCUUCUGUCGCCGAGGAUGCACUGAAUAAGCCAUGGAGGCCUAUUCCCUCCGGGCGUCUUAGCCCCUCCAGCGCUACCAGUCUCUGGGUGGCUCUUCACGUUGCAGUUCUGGCGGGAUGCGUAUAUUUCGGAGCGACCGAGUACACCAUCUCGCUGUUGAUCCUGGGAUAUAUGUACAACGACUUGGAAGGAGGCAAUCAUCCCUUCUCCCGCAACCUCAUCAAUGCCUGCGCUGUCGUGGCGUUCGCUCUCGGAGCGACGACCGUGGCAUAUGCAGGCCAACCGCUCAGCCUAACUGAGCAAGCGAAGCAAUGGCAUUGGAUGAUCGGAGCCAUCGUCUUCACCACUCUUCAGGUGCAGGAUCUGUGCGAUCAGGAAGGUGAUCGCGGUCGAGGGCGGGCGACGAUCCCCAUCGUUUGGGGUGAUCACGUAGCACGGUGGACCGUCAUAGUUCCCAUGCUCACCUGGUCAAUCGGCGCGCCGUCUUUCUGGCGUGUGCCAUGGUGGGGAUAUAUCGGUCCAUUUGGCAUCGGGGCGAUGAUUUGCAUGAGAGCGUCGAUGUUGAAGGGGGUUGAAGCUGAUCGCAAGACGUACAAGGUGUGGGGGCUCUGGAUUGUUUGCGUGCUUGCUGUGCCAGCGAUGGCUGCAAUAAGCCAGGUUGAUCGUUGAGCGCGGAUCCACGGGCUCAAACCCCGGGCGCUGAGGCUUUGUGUGGAAGAAACCUUGGUCGGGUGCGAGACGCGGAGACGCGAAGACACGAAGGUGUCGAAGCAAUGAGAGGGGAGGUCAGGAGCUGUUACCGGUUUUGUUAAACGCCUAUCCGAAAGUGGUAUAGUGUGGUGAUGGAUUAGUCAGCCUCGUGGGCACCCUCAUCGGUCGACUUGGGUUUCUCUCCCUUCAUCUAUCAUUUAAGCGUUCAAAAGCCAUUAUCACCUUCCAAAUGUCGAUAGAGCCCAUAGUAUCGUCGGUCUGAUAAUUAUCCCUGCCGGGCAUGGCUCCUCC